UGGGUCCCCCGGCCCAGAGAGCUCGGCAGCAGCUGUGCGGGCACGCGGUGCCCAGCCCGGUCCCCGUCCCCAAGGCACGCCGGGCUCCCAGGGAACCACCACUACCACCAUGUGCUCGUUAGCAUUGGGCGCUACUGGCGGCCGGGGCGCUAUGGAGGAUGAGGAGGACCAGCCUGAGCUGUCGGACAGCGGUGACGAGGCCGCCUGGGAGGAUGAGGACGAUGCUGAGCUUCCCCACGACAAGCAGCAGACACCCUGCUUGUUCUGUGACAGGUUAUUCACAUCUGCUGAAGAAACAUUUUUGCACUGUAAGUCUGAGCACCAAUUUAAUAUUGAUAACAUGGUCCAUAAGCAUGGACUUGAAUUUUAUGGCUACAUUAAGCUAAUAAAUUUUAUUAGGCUUAAGAAUCCUACAGUUGAGUAUAUGAAUUCCAUAUACAACCCAGUGCCUUGGGAGAAAGAAGAAUAUUUGAAGCCGGUAUUAGAAGAUGAUCUUUUACUUCAGUUUGAUGUAGAAGACCUUUAUGAACCGGUGUCACUCCCAUUCUCAUACCCCAAUGGACUCAGUGAAAAUGCAUCUGUUAUGGAAAAAUUGAAACACAUGGAAGCCAGGGCACUGUCUGCUGAAGCUGCGUUAGCUAGAGCACGGGAAGAUCUACAGAGAAUGAAAAAUGGAAGACCUUUAGGUAACAGCAUUUUUUUUUUUUUUUCUUUAUUACAACAGGUUGUUUUGGAUGUUGGUUGUGGAACUGGAAUUCUCUCUAUGUUUGCUGCUAAAUCCGGUGCAAAGAAGGUUCUUGGAGUUGAUCAAUCUGAAAUACUUUACCAGGCAAUGGAUAUCAUAAGACUAAAUAAACUUGAAGAUACUAUUAUACUAAUUAAAGGAAAGAUUGAAGAAGUUCGUCUUCCUGUAGAAAAAGUAGAUGUUAUUAUAUCCGAGUGGAUGGGCUAUUUUCUUCUUUUUGAGUCUAUGUUAGAUUCUGUCCUUUAUGCAAAACACAAAUACCUGGCAAAAGGAGGAUCGGUCUAUCCUGACAUUUGCACCAUAAGUCUUGUGGCAGUGAGUGAUGUGAAUAAACAUGCUGAUAGAAUUGCCUUUUGGGAUGAUGUCUAUGGCUUCAACAUGUCUUGCAUGAAGAAAGCAGUUAUUCCAGAAGCUGUUGUGGAGCUUGUAGAUCCAAAGACUCUUACUUCAGACCCUUGUUGUAUUAAGCAUAUAGAUUGCCAUACAACAUCUAUCGCAGAUUUGGAGUUUUCUUCAGAUUUUACCUUGAAAAUCACAAAGACAUCUGUGUGCACGGCAGUUGCUGGUUACUUUGAUAUAUACUUUGAGAAGAAUUGCCACAACAGGGUCAUGUUUUCUACGGGUCCCCAGAGUACCAGAACACACUGGAAACAAACAAUAUUUCUACUGGAAAAGCCAUUUUCAGUGAAAGCAGGUGAGGCCUUGAAAGGAAAGAUCACAGUUCACAAGAAUAAGAAAGAUCCACGCUCUCUCAUUGUGACCCUCACGUUGAAUAAUUCAACUCAAACUUAUGGCCUCCAGUGAAAAAGCCACAAAAGCACAACUAACAGUUUUUAAUGUGGGGGUAGGGUAGAGGGUGGUGGAAGAGGCUUGGAUAAUCUUAUGUGAGUGCAUGGAUGAUGGGACCUUUCCUAAUGAAUCUCCUCAGUAAGAGGGAAGCUUGGUAGGAAUCUGGUGUUAUUCAACUGAGGAAGUGUACUGAGUGAUCCUUGUGCUCCACCUGUGUAAUCUUAUUCUUGGAAGUCUGGUCAGCCAGAUUUAACUAAAGUAAUUUUUACAUUCAGGUUAGCUGCAUUGAAAAUCAUUUAAAUUGGCCCAAAUUUGGAACAGAGAUAGUCUUUUGUUGUUUUUAAUCAGUUUUCUACUGUAAAUUUUAAACAGUAGCAUUUGAUUAGUUAUUUGGAUUAUGUUUUUUUUAAACUAGUAACCAUACACAAGGCAUUAAACAUUUUAUUGCAGAUUUGGGGAGGAGUAGUUUUUAAUUGUAUUAUUUGCUACAAUAUCAGGAUAUAAUAAAGAGCAAGUGUAAGGGACUAAAAUACAGAAAAGAGAGCAUCAGCCUUCUGCAAAUCCUAUUUGAAGGCAGCUUAAUUGAUCAUCCUAUCCAGCGUAUCUAUCAUUCUCAUUUUGUAGCUUCUUCCCUCUUUGUAAAUAUUUUUUGGCCAUAUAAUUUUCUAGUACUGCCUAGGAAAUCUAAUUUCAAUACAUGUAUCCUAAGUUUCAUAGAAGUUUUUAAAGAUCUAGAUACACAUGUACUUGUUUACUAAUACCUUUUUCAAACGAUUUAUGUGCAAAGGUUAAAUACACUUACAUCACUCUAUAAAAUUGUGUCAUUUAGUUACUCAGUUUGAAAUGUAGAAUGAAGAGCAUUCAAUAAAAUAUGUAAAACACCCAUAAGCAUUUUAAGAUAAUGUUUCAACAUAUUAAAACCUUUUGUAAAAUCAGAAGCAUUUGAAACAAAUCUUACGAAGGAAUCGUUUUUAAGAAAACACGGAUUUUAAGGAGAGUGGGUCAUAUGCCUCAAUUCGACAGCUGGUUCUUCAUCAAAAUAAGACACAAGGCAGCAUCACACAGCGUUGAGAGGUAUUAGCUCUGGAGUCAUGCCUAAGUUCAAACCCAGCUCCACCUCUUGUGUAAUCUUAGUCACAUACCUUAACCUCUCUGUAACAAUUCAUGAGUUAAUAUAUUUUAAGUAAUUGGAACAGUGUCUGACACACAACAAUAAAUAUUAAGUGGUAGUAUGAUCAUCAUUCAUACAUUCAGAGACCCCUUUUGAAGAAUAUAUGGCAUCUACAUGCAUGCAAAAGUUAGUGUAAAA